GGACGCCCGCGUGGGUGAUGCAAUCACCACCGAUUAUUUUAAAGGCAAAUCCCAUUCAAUUCCGAAGAUUUUCUCCCAAGAACUCCCUCUCUUCUCUCUUCUCUCUCCUUCUCCGUGGCUUUAAUGAUGCACGAACUUUAGCGAACCCCAUGUGAUUGCGAGCUGAUCUUUUUUCCUCCAACUGUAGAUUUCCACCACUCUUCUCCCCCCUCACGCAUCUUCAUACAGCCCACCUUCCACACACAUCCCUCCAUCGUCCCAUCCUAUAUAAACAGGCAAUUCUCCUUUCGCCUCUCUCGUUUUUUUCCGGCAAAAUUUGAGGUCCGUCCGUGCGUUCUUGUCUGGUUUUGAGCUCGGAGGGGGGCUGUAGUGAUGCUUCGUCUCCAUCUCGACCCGUCUCUGGCUUGAAGCGGUUGAGAAUUUGGGCUGGUGGGUAAGUGUUUUUUUGUCCUGCAGCAGCCCUGUUUCUCCACUCUGAAGCUUGCAAGAUAACCCCCGAGUUUGGAUCUUGUGAGCCGUGAGCGAGAAGUUGCCGAGCUCUGGCUUAUUCCGGGAGGUUGCUUCGCGCUUUGUGGCUUUUCCGAGAGUAGAUAGCAAGUGGGGUCUUUCCUGUUUUCUCUUUUGGGGAAGUCUCGACUCCGUGGUUGAAUUCUGGGGGCAAGUUUCGGAGUUGAUUGUUUGCUUCUGCUCUGCGUUUCUGCUCAAAGCGAAGUUUUUACCGUUUGGGUGUUCUCAGUACUCGCUAGGAAGGUCAUAAUUGGAGUUGACAAGUUUGAAUUAUCUGAGCAAACUUUUCAGUUGGUUGGGAAUGUGAAAUUGGAGUGAGAAAGAUGGCAACUUUCAAUCAUCUGGGGCUUGCGCUGAGCAUAAUCUUCGGUUGCCUCUUCUUGGCUUUUGUAGCGGAAGUGUACUAUGUGCUGUGGUGGAAGAGAAGAAGAAUAGCCUCGAGUAGUAUUGCAGACGUCCCAGAAGAAGAAGACUACACCAAAUACGCAAAAGAAUUGCUCCAACUCAUCUGCUGGAAAAGGCCCUCUUCGUUUCAGCACUCCGCCAACGCCAAAAACAGCAGCGCAAAUCCAGCCAAUGGGAAAGAUUUAGGUGCGAAUGGGCACGAAAUGUCAGACCUAGAAGUUGGAAACAGCAAGGACUUGCUGUCGAAGAGCCUUGGGGAUCAAGAGAGUGUGGACUCGGAGCUCAUGAGGCUCCACAACCUCCAUGGCCCGCCGAGGUUCCUCUUCACAAUCAAGGAAGAGACUAGGGAGGACUUGGAGUCUGAGGAUGGGAGGUCAAGGGGUGAUAAGAGCAGGAAAGGCUCAAGGACCACGAGCUUGAGUGACAUAAUCUUGGCCCUCGACCAGACCCAGUUCCUCACUCCUCUGGCCUCACCUCCAAUCAAGUCAUCAUCGGCCCUCAACCCCCUUGAGAGUUACAGCAGCAAUGGGUUCAACAACCCCCUGUUCGAGUCCUCGGCAGAGACCGAGUGGGCUCGGCCUCCGGAGUCGCCGCCGCCGAAGUUCAAGUUCCUCAGGGAUGCAGAGGAGAAACUGUGCAGGAGGCUCAGAGAGGAGGCUGCUAGAAGAGCAGGGGGUCAAGAAUGUGGCUUUGCAAAGCCCUGCGGUGGUGAUGGAGACAACAAAGAAGGGCCUCUUGUGAGGAUCAUCGUGGGCAAGAAUGGAGAGAAAAGGGAGGUUCUUUGGAAUGCGAUGCCGCAUUUUCCUUCAAGCACUUCCCAGGUACUCCCGCUGGCAUCUUCUCCAACAGCAAUCAGACCCCUAGACAAGAACUCCAUUGUUCAUUGAUCUCCAUGAACUCUGCCUUAAUGGGCCCUUGUUCAUUCUUUCUUUUUGAAAUUUUUUUUUUUCUUGGGAUGUGAUUGCUUAUCGUGUCGAUUCUAUUUUAAUCCAAAAGGGCACUUGAUUCCAUCCGA